CGUAGUGACGUAAAGGCGCACCACAGACGCUGCUGACGUGUAAGAAGGGAAGUAGUUGGUCAUCUCUUCUACUGUCCUCUUCAUGUUAAAUAUAAGUUAACAGCUGACAGUCCAAUAGUGGGAUGUAUAAAGUUGUCAGAUUGAUUUUGUCCAGAGUUGACGUUGGAUAGAAACUUACAGACAAAGACUUUACAUAUCAGAAAACAAACGGCAACCAUGGGCAGGAGGAAAAUGCCAGAUCUGUACAGAGCCCCCUUUCCUCUGUACGCUGUUAAAGUUGACCGCAAAUCUGGACUAGUUAUUACGGCUGGAGGUGGCGGGGCAUCCAAGACUGGAAUCAAGAAUGGGGUGCAUUUCCUGGGUCUUGAGUUGGUGGGCGGGCAACACAGUGCCACCCUGGUGCACUCCCAUGACACUGACACACUUGCCACCAUGAACAUGGCGCUGGGUGAUGAGGUCAUCGCUGCCGGACAGGACGGUAACUGCAGCCUGAUGCGCAUCCGACAGCGGGCCCCUAAAGAUGGACGCAAAGCUGCUGCCAAAGAUGGACCAAGUCAGGAGCAGGGAGGGGCGAGGAGACGCGGCGGAGGCCGGGGGGACAAGAGUGGGGCGGGGGAUGUGGACGAGAUGAAGAACGAGACUCUGAACUUCUCUGUGGAGCAGAUAGGCUCGGUGCAGACCGAUCUGAACCCGAAGGACCCGCUCCAGAAGUGCGUCCGCUUCAGCGCUGACCUGAAGCUGCUGCUCGCCGGAGGCACCGACGGCCAUAUCCGUGUGUGGGAGUAUCCUGACCUAAAGGCGAAGUUUGACUUCAAAGCGCAUGAAGGUGAAAUUGAAGACCUAGAUAUCACCCCUGACAAGAAGCACAUGGUGACUGUCGGGCGGGACUUUUCCUGUAGCGUGUGGCGUGGAGACCAGCUCGCCAUGGGCCUGUGUUGGCAUGACAACAUGCCCCAUAUCACCGAGAAGAUGUACCGCUAUCAAUCCUGCAGGUUUGGUAAAGUCCCAGACCAGAAGGAUGUUUUGAGAUUGUUUACAGUCCAGAUCCCACACAAACGGGACCGGAAGCCACCGCCCUGCUACCUCACUAAGUGGGAUGGAAGCUCAUUCCUGCCAUUGCUUACCAAACCUUGUGGCAACGAGGUCAUUUCCUGCCUAGAUGUCAGUGAGUCAGGCACAUUCAUUGGGCUUGGAACUGUCACAGGAUCAGUAGCCAUACACAUUGCCUUCUCACUGCAGAGGUUGUACUACGUGCAGGAAUCACAUGGGAUUGUGGUGACGGAUCUUGCGUUCCUCCCCGAGUCGGGCAAAAGCCAAGCAGUGAAGGGAGAUAAUGAAGUGGCCUUGAUCAGUGUUGCCGUGGACAGCCGCUGUCAGAUGCACACCGUGCCAAACAGAAGAUCAUUCCCCCUGUGGCUGGUGCUGUUCCUGUGUGCAUUCAUGGUGGUGGGAGUGCUGCUGCUGCUUCAGCAUCUCUUCCCAGGCUUCAUGUAACGGGCUGGGCACAUGGAAAGGGCAUCUCUGCCAGCCGCUGCAGGCUGGGAUGGUGGUGGUGAUGAUGAGGGGGCAAGAGAAGGACCUUCCCCAGGUUGCAGUGUUACUGUCCUGGUCCAGAGUAGGGCUGGGUCUGUCCCAGCGGUUGCUGUCUGGGUCAUGACAGCCCCUCAGGACCUCGGAGACACUGAGAUGGUGCCCCCCUCCAUCCCACCCACCUGUACUUCACCACUGUUGCCCCCCCCCCCCCCACCAACCCCCCCUAAUACAGUAACACAGUCACCAGUUCAGCUGCUGUAGGGAAAUGUAUCAUGGCAUGGACAUAACAAGCAAUGAAGUCUUAUCUAUCUGCAGGGGCUCUGACCUAACAGAACGGUUUCAACCAGAGUAAUUUCUGUAGACAAAACUGUGGACAGUAGACAUUGUUGCAGGAAAAGGACACAUGCACACAUGAACGUAUUCAGCAUUUUGGAACUGCCCAGAAUCAGUGUCUGCUGCUAUGAGUUAAGUCCAAUUUUCUCCCCAAUCCCAGAGGCAUGCUAGUUGACCCUGUAGAGGAUCGUCUUCAGAACAUACUGGAAAAGUCUGAGCUGAUGGUUGCUUCCAUGAGAUUUUGUAGAGCAGCUUUUUAUGCACGCUUCAGACAUUUAAAUCAGUCCCCUGUCCAAAAAUGUGAAUGUCAACAUGAAGAGUACCCCUGCCCCCAAACAAAAACCUCAGGAACUUUACUUUUAAUUGUUAAAUUUCGAAUUGAAUAUAUUACUUACAAAAUAUGUUUUUGAAAUGAGCUGAUGAAUGCACCUGAAUUGCUUAUAGCUCUUCAGGUAAUGGAGCGUACAUUGUAAUGAUGCACAGUGGGGAGGUACACCCAUUGCCUGUUUUUAUGCUAGAUAUUUAAGACCAAUGUAAAGAAAAUAUACAUAUUAUUUCAAAUCA